CUGCGCAGCAGCGCCUUCGGGCGGCUGGCCCCUGGGGUCGGGGAAGGGGCGGAGGUCGGGCGGAAUCUUGUUCCGUAAUAAGCGCCGCGCCCCGCGGUCCUGACUGCGUGCGGGUCGGGCCUGGGCGCUGGAGCUGCUGUGGCUCCCGCCGCAGCGGGGGCGAUGGAGGCCGUGCCGGAGCCCCGCACUCCCGCCGGGGGAGGCCGCGACAGCUGGCGGUGCUGUUAGAUGCGGCGGCGGCGGCGACGUCGGCGUCCCGGGCUCUCCAUGAGCAAGCGGCGGCGGCGACGGGUGCGGCGGCACCGGCGGUCUUCGGUCCCCCGGGAGGUACGAGGCGUCGGCCCCGGCCUCCGUCGGUCGCCGGCGCUCGCGAGAUGCCAGGCCGGGGUGGGCGUGGCGGGCGUGCAGAUGAAGACACUGUUUGAAGAGAUCAAAGCAUCAAUUAAAAAUAACUAUAACCAAGAUCGAUCAUUUUGGAGGCCUGUUCUUCCUUGGGGAGGGGUUUUUACUAUCAAAGCUGGCCGCAAAGCAGUAUCUUGUACCCCCCUCUAUGUUGAAAUAAGACUGAAAAACACCUGCACCAUAGAUGGAUUCUUGAUGUUACUGUAUGUCAUUCUUAACGAAAAUGAAAGUUUCCCCAGGGAACUCUCUCUCCAUUUUGGUAGGGAGUUUGUAGACUGUUUCCUUUAUUUGAUGGACACCUAUAGUUUUACAACUGUGAAGCUGCUUUGGAUUUGGGACAAGAUGGAAAAACAGCAAUACAAAUCUGAAGUUCAUAAAGCUUCGUUAAUAAUUGAUUUGUUUGGGAAUGAACAUGAUAAUUUUACAAAAAAUCUUGAAAAUCUUAUGUGUACCAUUCAAGAGAGCUACUGUUCUAACUGGCGAUGCCCAACUCGAGUGCAAGAAGAUCAACAGCGCACAAUUAGUAUAAAUCCUCCCCAAGAAAUUCCACAUGGAAACUUGAUACGACUGGCUGUGGAUGAGUUGUUCUGUUCCAAGAUUGAACUGUGUGAAGAGCGUGGGUGUGGUGGUUUAAGAGAAUUUUCCCAACGAGUUUUCUGCCACGGGGCACCUCCGUUUGUUGUGUUAAAUAUGCAGCACUGGAAGUCUGAAGACCUGGCGUAUGUGCCCUAUUACUUGGAUUUAUCUGAUCACAAGUAUUUGCUGGAAGGUGCCACUUUAUUCAACAAAGAGGAGCAUCAUUACUCUGCAGCUUUCCAGAUUGACGGACAUUGGAUGCACUAUGAUGGCCUCAGAAAUGUGAAUUUAAUUUUGUUAAAUAAACCCCCAGAGUUUCUCCUCUUGUCAUCAUUGGUUUAUAUUCGAGCAACAGAGAAAUAAAUAUAGACUGAUGCUGAAUUGAAUUGUUCUCCCGCCUGCCCAUGUUCCCCUAGAGAAAGGGCUUUGUUUUGUGUACACUUGGUAUCCAAGGAAACAGUUCAACUAUAGUAGUUUCAGCGAUGUAUUUUCCAGUGUUUUGCCCAGGUAAAUGUUUUAUAAUAGAAGAUCUAUGCAAAAAGUUUGUAUUUUUUAUAUUUUCUGGGUUAUUUUUAUACAAGCAUAUGUUAUGUUGAAAUAAAAUAUAUCUUGUGGCCUUUGUAUUUAUUUGUAUAUGCCUCAGCAAUUUUUACAAUUCUAUCCUUGAAUCCAAGAAAAUAGUAUGUCAUUUCAAAUCUGAAUUUUCCUUUUGAGAUACCCAAAGAAAACCUGGGUAAAAGUCAGUAUUUUAGUUAUCUGACUAUAUUUCUUUGCCUUACCUCAUUAUACUCCAAAGUGCAUCAGUAUGGAUUUGAAUGUACAGCUUAUGGGUGGCUUAGUUUAUUUUAUCCAUUGCUAAUUUCCUUGUGGAAAUUUUAAAAAAAAUAUGUGUAUGAAAAUUUUUUUUCUGAAUUUAGACUAUUUCUUUGUAGUAGCAAGUUACUGUAACUACUUGCUAAAAUGUUGUAAACCUGCCAGUGGAUUUUAAACAUUAAGCUUCCAACUUUAGUUAACUUUAUUGUUACAAAUAGAUUAUAUGACUAUCCUAAAUAUCUUAUAAUAACUUAUUUUGCAGACAAGGCAGCUAUCAAAAGUGUUAGGUAAAUGGAUGUUUAUUAGUGUUAAACUAAUAAUAGAAAUGUAUUUACAUAUGUAAGAGGAAAAUGGGUACCUGGGAAUAUUUCUUUCAGUUCAGUUUUAUAUUGGCACAGAGAAAAACAAUUUUAUUUCAGAGUAACAUCAAGCUCCCUCGUAGGUGGUCACUGACAGCAGGGGGAUUUGGUUUAUAAUCUCAGAGAUGCAAAGUCAUGGGAUUGUAUAGUUAGCAGAAUACUAUGUAUUUUUGUUGUAAGUACCCUAAAAUUACUCAUGUAUUGCAAUUAAGGGAAAUAUUGUCAAGGGGAAAUACUUGAUGAGACCAUCAUUAAUGUUUACAUUUAUAGUAAGAUAACAUUCUUUAGGUUUGGAGUUGCAGUUAGGUGCAGUAUAUCUGAAGACUUUACAUGACAACACAGUUCACUGCCGUAUACCAAAUUAGCAAUUUGUUUCAUUAUUAAUCUUACAUUGCUAUGGUGCCAUCUUAAGAUAACUUACUGUAAGAAUGAAUAAGUGUGGGUGAAAUGUUGCUGAGACUGCCUCACUUUGAAUAAAUGCUAUGAAAAUUAUUUUUAACAGAAUAAAAAAUAUAUAUUUUAAAUUCACCCAGGGUUUAAAUAGUUUCCCAAAUAUAAUAGGACUUGAUUUACUGUAAGCUUUUCUAAUAUCAAUGUAUUGCAUGAAUCAAAGUAUACAAAACACAGAUAUUAGAAUAUAAAUAAAUGGUAUGAUUACAUUAUUAAUGUCUAAAUUAUUCCUAAUGCAGAUUCUUUGGGGAAUUGCACUUUAUUUGGAAUAAAUUACCUACCUCACAGGGUUGUUGUGAGGGUUAAAAUGUUAAAAUAUCAACUACCUUGAACAUGCUAAUAAAAGAUAU